UGAAAUCCGGGCCUCUAGUUCAACACAAAGCUAUAUUACAGUUUAAUUGUACCUUUUGCCAUCUUGUGGAACAGCAGUGAAUUUGUUUGUCGCUAUCAUUCACUGGCAUAGAUCGAGGAACAACUCUGCAUUAUUUGUUACAGUCAAAUAAUGAUUUUCAGGCCUCUAAAGUGAAGUUGGAUGAUUGGUUGGGAAGCAUUAUGGUCUUAUCCCUGCCCAUGUUCCAUUUCCUGAUGGGAGGUGCUCAUUUCAAGAAACGUGUGAUGAAUCUGAUGAAAAAACGCAUCACCACAUAUAAAACAUCGUGGCAGGAAGGAGAGCAGCAGAAAUGAGAGCAGGUGUCAUGGGGGCGCUCCUCUACAACCAUUUUUUUUGGUGUCUGCUCUUGAGUCAUUUCUCCUCGACCUCGUUCAGCCCGACCUCCAGUUCCACUUCAUGCAAGUUGUGGAGGCAUUUCCAGCUAAAUCAAGUACACCAACCCGGCGACGUGAUGCUGGGCGGGCUGUUCGAGGCGCACUUCAAGUCUACGUUUCCCGAGCAGACGUUCACUUCGGAACCACGCCAGCCCAAGUGCCAGGGGUACGUAUGGGAAGACUCAGAGCAGCGUGAACGAUUCCACUCGUUGAUUUUUUCGCGUGUCAGCUUUGACACCUUAGGCUUCAGGCACGUCAUGACCAUGGUCUUCGCCGUGGAUGAGAUCAACAGAAACCAGGAGCUGCUGCCGGGCCUCACUCUGGGUUACCGACUGUAUGACAACUGCGGCGAACUGGUGGUCGGGUUCAGCGGAGGUUUGUCGCUGGUCAGUGGGCAAGAGGAGCAGUUUGCGUCGCAGGACGGCUGCGUGGGAACGCCUCCGGUGCUUGGGGUUGUGGGCGAUUCCUACUCGACAUUCUCCAUCGCCACGUCCGUGGUGCUGGGUUUAUUCAAGAUGCCCAUUGUGAGUUAUUUUUCCACGUGUUCCUGUUUGAGUGAUCGGAAAAAGUUCCCAUCCUUCUUCCGAACCAUCCCGAACGAUGACUUUCAGGUGCAAGCUUUAAUUCAGAUCCUCAAACACUUCGGCUGGACUUGGGCCGGCCUGCUGGUUACGGGCGAUGACUAUGGAGUCGGUGUGGCCCGCGCGUUCCAGAGAGAGCUGGCCGAGUCCGGCGUCAGCUGCCUGGCUUACCUGGAGGUUCUGCCCUGGGAUAAUGACCCGCCCGAGCUCCGGAGGAUUGUGGACUUGAUGAGGUUGUCGACAGCCCGUGUCGUCAUGGUGUUUGCGCACGAGACUCACAUGCUUCAUCUGAUGGACGAGGUCAUGAGGCAGAACGUGACGGGCCUGCAGUGGAUCGCCAGUGAAGCCUGGACAGGAGCCACGGUGCUGCACACACCCCGUCUCAUGUACUACCUGGGGGGCACGCUGGGCAUUGCCAUCCGGAGAGGCGAAAUACCUGGACUCCAUGACUUCCUUGCACAAAUACGCCCAGACGUACACGACAAAAGCCAACACAACCUGGUGAACCAGUUCUGGGAAAACACAUUUCAGUGUAGGUUUGUGCCUCCAGCAGGCUGGCUGGAAGCGGGAGGAGCCAAAUGCACGGGACGUGAAGACUUAGCUAGCGCGCAGUCCGAUUUUUGGGAUGUUUCGAACCUCAGACCGGAAUAUAAUAUUUAUAAAGCGGUGUACGCUCUGGCCCACGCCCUCCAUGACCUGCUGCAGUGUGUGCCCGGGAGUGGGCCUUUCAGUGGCCACAGCUGUGCUACUUUGCAGGGACUGGAGCCAUGGCAGCUUCUGCACUAUUUGCAAAAGGUCAACUUUAACACAUCUUUUGGUGACCAAGUGUCAUUCGAUGACAGUGGUGAUGCAGUACGGAUAUACGACAUCAUAAACUGGCAGUGGCUACCUGGCGGCAAAACUAAAAUUCAGCAUGUUGGUGAAGUUAAGGAGUCCGCUUUCAAAGGCGAAGAACUCACACUUCAUGAUAACAAAAUCGUCUGGAGCUUUGGAUCUGAAAAGGCCCCUCGGUCUGUGUGCAGUGAGAGUUGCCCUCCAGGCUCUCGCAUGGCGCGAAAGAAAGGACAACCGGAGUGCUGCUUUGACUGCAUCCUUUGCUCGGAGGGCAUGAUCAGCAACAUGACAAAUUCCAUGGAGUGCUUCAGUUGUCCUAAGGAUUUUUGGUCCAAUCCCCAGCGCGACCGGUGUGUGCCAAAGAAAACAGAGUUCCUUUCCUACCAUGAGCCCCUUGGUAUCUGCUUGACAAGUUUCUCUUUGCUAGGCACGUUAAUCUGUGCCAUUGUUCUGGGGAUAUUCAUCUACCAUCGGAGCACGCCCAUUGUACGGGCCAACAAUUCUGAACUCAGUUUCCUGCUCUUGAUUUCACUCAAACUGUGCUUCCUCUGUUCACUGCUUUUCAUCGGCCAUCCAAGGCUGUGGACAUGUCAGUUGAGGCACGCGGCCUUUGGCAUCAGCUUUGUGCUCUGUGUGUCGUGCAUCCUGGUAAAAACUGUGGUGGUUCUGGCUGUGUUUAGGGCCUCCAAACUAGGAGGAGGAGCCAGUCUCAAGUGGUUUGGCGCAAUGCAGCAGAGAGGCACAAUUAUGGCUCUGACUUGCAUUCAGGCGAUUGUCUGCACCGCUUGGAUUGUCUCAGCCUCACCAAGUCCUUAUAAAAACAUUCAAUACUACAAAGAUAAGAUUGUUUAUGAGUGUGUGGUUGGGUCCACUGUCGGUUUUGCUGUGUUGCUGGGCUACAUUGCUUUACUUGCUAUCCUCAGCUUCCUGCUAGCAUUCAUGGUAAGAAAUCUGCCCGACAACUUCAAUGAGGCCAAACUGAUUACCUUCAGUAUGUUGAUCUUUGGUGCGGUGUGGGUCGCAUUCGUCCCGGCUUACAUCAACUCUCCGGGAAAUUACGCAGACGCAGUCGAAGUCUUUGCCAUCCUGGCCUCUAGUUUUGGCCUCUUGGUGGCGCUAUUUGGACCCAAAUGCUACAUAAUCCUGCUGAGACCAGAAAGAAACACAAAGAAAGCCAUCAUGGACCGAGGGACUGACAAAUCGCACAAGCACCGUUAGAAGAGAACAGCGUUUUCUGACAACACAUAUGAAUGCUACAGU